UCGGCGGAGUCUCUCGCCGCGAUAAAAUUCAGGGUCCCGGCCAGGUUCCGCAACCGUGGCCCUCGCGAAAGGCGUGUGAUUCCCCUACGCGCCGCUGCAGCGCAGGCACCCGCGGCGAUGAAGCUCCGCGUCCUCGCGCUUCAUUCGUUUCGCACCUCUGGAUCGAUCUUCCGCGACCAACUCGAGGCACUGGGAAACUGGCCGAACGCUAUCGGAGACCUCUGCGAGUUCGUCUACGUGGAUGCGCCUCAUCCCGCCAGCGGCGAGGUGCCCGAGGAUGUCGCCUCUUUCUUCCAGGGCCCGUACUUCGAGUGGUGGAACGCCACAUCGUUCGGGGUAGAGGGCAAGGAAGGGAAGGUGCUCCAGUACGAGGGACUGGAGCGAUCGCUGGAGUUUGUUGAGGAAGUAUGGCGAACCAAGGGGCCAUUCGACGGUAUAGUGGGAUUUUCGCAGGGCGCGACAUUCACGGGUUUACUCGCGGCGACGGGAAAGGUGGAAGGCCGAGGGCCGUUCGUGCCCAGGGAUGCUGGGGAUCCGGGUGCUUUUGCAAUCUUGAUCUCUGGUAUGCAAGCGCGAACGGACGAGGCAAAGAGGCUGUACACCGAGGCGAGUGGAGAGAUGGGCAUGGAUAUCGCGACGCUGCACAUCGUGGGCGAGACGGAUAGGGCGAUCCCCCCUGCUAUGUCGGACCGUGCGUCGCAGAUGUUUGUCGAAGAACGGAGAGCAGUCAUUCGACAUGGGCGAGGGCACGUCGUGCCCAGGCUCGAUGGCGACAACCUCAAGUCUGUAAGAAGCUGGCUUCAGGAGCAGUUGAACGCUAAAGGCAGGUACCGCGCGGGAGGAACGACCGCGGCGCUGUGAUGUUGAGUUGUUUCUACUUCAACACUUAGUUUGCAAGCUUAGCUAGUUGAAUGAUUGAAUGACUAGCUAGAGCUAGCUAGCUAGCGUUCCUU